AUGAUAGCAACGAAUAAAGAUGCUCAUUUAUCAAAAUGUUUUGAAAAGGAACAGCAAAAUGCUGCUUGGAAACAUGAUGUCAGUCGCCGUAUAGCUAAUGUCUAUGAAAAAUUGAAGAAGCGAGGUGUUCAUUCACCUACUUUUAUUAGCGCAGCUGGUUUGACAUAUACCGGUGUUGCUGAUACUGCUCGUUGUCAUACAUGUGGUUUGGAAGUAUCUGAAUGGACAGCAGACAUGGAGCCAUUCACUAUUCAUAUUCGACGGAGUCCUGAUUGUUCAUUUGUUAAAUCAGUUGUAUCAAAGAAUCGAAUGAGUUUUUCUUCUUCAAGUAAUUUAACAACUAACCAACAAAACUAUGAAUUACGACAUUAUGACGAAAGUCCACCAAAACGUCAAAAGAUCAAUAGGCAAAUGAUCAGUUUAUUUCUAGAAGUCGAGAUUAUGAAAGAAGUUCGUUGUCGAACAUUUUCACAUUGGAUUCAACAUAUGAUACCAUCUCGAACACAAAUGAUUUCGGCUGGAUUCUUUUCUUGCAAUGUUGAUGAUCGUGUCAUUUGUUUAUAUUGCAAUCUAAUUUGUCAACAAUGGAUACCAGAUAGUGAUGAUCCACAGGAAGUACAUGAAACUCUCUCACCUCAAUGUCCAUAUGUUUUAUUCAUUUUAAAACCACGUAAAACAUUGGCUGCUUCAAUUCUCAACGAAAAUCCGAAUAAUCCAGUAGCAACAACUGAUCUAUCACGAUUCCGUGAAAUAGUACACAAGUCAGCAUAUCACAGUGACUAUAUGGAAAUUCUGAAACGCCAAGCAUCAUUUCAUUCGUGGCCUCAAGAACAAAUACCUCCUGUAGAUGAUCUCGUACAAGCUGGAUUUUUUUAUACUGGCUUAAGAACCAUUGUCACCUGUUUUUAUUGUAAUGGAUCACUGCAAAAUUGGAGCCCGAAAGACAAUCCACUAGUUGAACAUGUACGUUGGUUUCCAUUUUGCGCCUAUGCAAAACAACUGUGUGGUGAUGAACUUUAUCGGAAAAUUCAAGACUUAAAACAAACUACUCAAGGUUAG